CGAGCCCCGGCUCAGCACCUCGGAGAGCUCCCUCCCCGGCCUUGUUUUGCUCCGGAAUCGCUGCCGGGGGAGGGAGCGAAGGGGCCGGGCACUAGGAGUCGAGGCCGAGGGAUGGCAGUGAAGAGGCCGAAGGGCCCCGGGGGGCAGAGGGCCCAGCCGUGAUCCUGCGAGGGGCCCGGGGCUCCGGGUGGGGUGGGGGGCAGCGGGUGGCGGCAGCAGUGGCCUCACAUCUGAAUGGAAGCGAGCUUUGUCCAGACCACCAUGGCUCUGGGGCUGCCCUCCAAGAAAGCAUCUUCCCGCAACGUGAUCGUGGAGCGCAGGAACCUGAUCACCGUGUGCAGGUUCUCUGUGAAAACCUUGCUGGAGAAGUACACAGCAGAACCCAUUGAUGAUUCAUCUGAGGAGUUUGUUAAUUUCGCAGCCAUUUUGGAGCAGAUCCUCAGUCACCGGUUUAAAGCUUGUGCCCCAGCAGGUCCAGUGAGCUGGUUUAGCUCAGAUGGGCAACGGGGCUUCUGGGACUACAUCCGACUGGCCUGCAGCAAGGUGCCCAACAACUGUGUGAGCAGCAUUGAGAACAUGGAGAACAUCAGCACAGCUCGAGCCAAGGGCCGGGCAUGGAUCCGGGUGGCUCUGAUGGAGAAGCGUAUGUCAGAAUACAUCACCACAGCUCUUCGGGACAACCGAACCACCAGACGGUUCUAUGACUCCGGAGCCAUCAUGCUGCGGGAAGAAGCCACUGUCCUUACGGGGAUGCUGAUUGGGCUCAGCGCCAUCGACUUCAGCUUCUGUCUAAAGGGCGAAGUUCUGGACGGGAAGACACCGGUGGUCAUUGAUUACACGCCCUACUUAAAGUUCACCCAGAGCUACGACUACCUGACGGAUGAGGAGGAGCGACACAGUGCGGAGAGCAGCACCAGUGAGGACAACUCGCCUGAGCACCCCUACCUGCCGUUGGUCACCGACGAGGACAGUUGGUACAGCAAGUGGCACAAGAUGGAACAGAAGUUUCGCAUUGUCUAUGCACAGAAGGGAUACCUGGAGGAGCUGGUGCGUCUGCGCGAGUCGCAGCUGAAGGACCUGGAGGCGGAGAACCGGCGGCUGCAGCUGCAGCUGGAGGAAGCCGCAGCUCAGAAUCAGCGUGAGAAGCGGGAACUGGAAGGCGUGAUCCUGGAGCUGCAGGAGCAGCUGACAGGUCUGAUCCCCGGUGACCAUGCCCCCCUGGCCCAGGGUUCCAAGGAGUUCACUACACCUCUGGUCAACCAGUGGCCCUCCCUGAGCACACUCAAUAGGCCUGAGGGUGCCAGCAACUCCAAGCUCUAUCGGAGACACAGCUUCAUGAGCACCGAGCCGCUGUCUGCAGAGGCCAGCCUGAGCUCAGACUCCCAGCGUAUGGGAGAGGGCAAGCGGGAUGAGGAACCCUGGGGCCCCAUCGGAAGCUCAGAACCAAAUUAGUGACUCCCUCCGAGUGAAGGCCCAGGACUUCAACGCAUGCAUUUUGUGUUGACCUCACCCCUGGCUCCACCUUGGUUUCUCCCUUCCUAGCUUUCCCCAUGCCUGGACUUCCUUUUUUCUUCUUUUUUUAAAUAUAUAGAUAUAUAACUACACUGUAUCAGAUAACUGGACUUUGAGACAUGGCAGGCUUUGGACAUGUAACCCACCACACUGUGUUUGUGACUGUGUGUGUGUCUCCCCAAUCAGACUGUGAGCUCCGUGAGGGCAGGGAUCACGUCUUGUCCAUUCUCUGUAUUCCCAGAGUGUGAAACAGAGCAAAUGCUCACUGUGUGCUUAAUAAAUGGACAAAGAGGCUGAACCUCAGGGGUAGACAGAGACAUCACUGAUGAUUACAACACAGUGUCCCUCGCCCGUGCAAGGCAUGCUUGAUCAGGGUUUAAUUAAAAGUGGCAGAAGAGGCCAAGAGUCUCCUGGGGUGACCCGA